AUGAAUUCAACAUUACCAUUAUUCAUGAAUCAUCCACCUCCUUCUAAUGGUUCUUCAGACCUACCUAUAUCCCCUUUUGAUCUAGCGAGACAAUAUGGGAGUAGAUCUUUGGAUUAUUAUCAAUACCUCGAUUCUAGGGAAUUUGAGAGUUCUGAUGUUGAUGAAGGGGUUGGCGGAUCAAGAAGGGUUGAUAAUGGGUUUCUCUCUACAGGUAAUAUGGAUUAUAAUAAAGAUGGAUUAAUCAAAAUUGAAAACCGUUCUGAUAGUUUGAAUCGUAGUCCCAAAGGUGAAAAACAAGUAUCUGAAGAUGAAACAGGUGGUGAAGAAGAAAUAAGGGAAAGGACGGAGGAAGAUGAAGAUGAAAACGAAAAUGAAGGAGUAGGAGUGGAUAAAGAAGUGAGAAUUGAUGAUGGAAAUGAAGGAGGAGAAGGAGAAGGAGAAAUGGAUAAUGAAGAACCAUUAUAUGUUAAUGCUAAACAAUAUCAUAGGAUAUUGAAAAGACGUUUAGCAAGAGCAAGAUUAGAAGAAUUAAAUAGGUUAUCAAGAUCAAGAAAACCGUAUCUACACGAAUCUCGUCAUCGACACGCGUGUUCUCGUCCUCGUGGUAAAGGAGGUAGAUUCCUUACCGCAGACGAAAUAGCAGCUCAGAAAGCCCAAGCUGCUCAUAUUGCCAAUGUCGUCACGGAGAAAGCGGAAAAUGAUGGUCAGAGCAGUUCUUCAUAG